CAAAAUAUCGCAUGCUCGUUUUCGAAAACCAUGUGCAAAUUUAAAAGUCAAUAUUUUACCAAAAUUUGCCUGGCGAAAUCGACUAGUUAUGCUAGUGGGGAAUCGUUUUAGACAGAGUCUUGUAACUCACACAAGACUGUGGUACCUUAUAAAUGCAAAGGAUCAAAUAAACGGCCGACUAGCGGCUUAUAUUGCUACGGUAUUACAAGGCAAAACUAAACCAAUAUGGCAUCCUAAAGCAGAUGUAGGCGACUUUGUUGUGGUUGUAAACACAAAAGACAUUGCUUUUAGCGGAAGGAAAUGGGAUAGGAAAGUGUACAGGCAUCAUACAGGUAUAGCAUGCACCGUUGGGAGUUGCUUUGAUAUGUUGUAAAGGUUCUACAUUGUGUUACUGUGAAAGUUGCAUUAUUUGUUACAUGGUGUUACAAUGUUGUUACAUCAUGUUGCGUGUUUAGUGGUGGAAAUUCACUUUUUCCGGUGGGGGGCAAAGCCUCCUAAAUUUCCGACAAAACUUUCAAAUUUCUGACAUACCCCCCAUUUGCACUUGAAAAGACUGUUUUUAGCCCUCUUUUCGAUCAAAAUUUCCGAAAAUUCGUCAAUUUUCCGGAAGGGGGGGGGGGGGGAGCGCUCAGGGGUUGACUGGAUAGUUACCGCGAAAAUUUAAACCAUCAUCAACUUUCAUCCUCAUUUGUCCGAGGCUGUAUACAUAGAUGCUAUUAGGCUUAUAUCACCGACUGUCAUCUUACCAUUGACAUACGUUCAUUAUCUUAUAUUACAGGUUAUCCCGGUGGAUUGAAAGAAACCAAUGCUAUUGCCCUGCACCAGAAAGACCCAACCAGAGUCCUAUGGCGUGCUAUAAAUGGAAUGCUUCCCAAAAACAACUCUAGAAAGAUUUAUAUGUCAAGACUGUUUUUAUUUGAAGGGGAGGAUCACCCUUAUGCUGAAAAUAUUUAUGCUCAACUAGAAGCACCGGCCUCGAUGCCGAAGAAACUAGAUGAAUAUACCAAAGAGGAGUUUGAAAAUUAUCCCAAACUAUUUUGAAGCGUAGAAUAGUAGUUAGUUUAUAUCCUGUGGUUUAUAUGUAAAAUAUAUGGAAAUAUACAAGUUUGAGUCUGUUAUUUACAAGUUAGAGGUGAUGUUUUUUGGAAUGGUCUGUUGUAUAAUAUUUGUAAAAACAUAUUCCGUAUAAAUUGGUGUGAUUCUUCUGUGUUCCCAAUCAUUUCUACAUUGCUUCAUAAUUAUAGAGCCUUCAUGGAAUUCACUUUCCACUCAAGCUUAUUUUAAAAUACAGCAUAAACCCAGCCAUUCUUUAAAAUAUACCACAGGUUUAAGCCAUUCCUAGCCAAAAUACAAUCAUAAGGCAUUAGUAUCGGAGCAAAAAAAGUACUUUCUCAAACACCGCUGAAUGAUACUGCACAUGCAUUCAUUGUGGCUUAUUGGGUUAAAAUACAAAUUGAGAAUAUAGAGAUUGCUUUCAGAACAUUUAUUUCACAAUCAUUUUGUACAAAAUCUAGCGAUAUCGACGCAACGAGAGCGAAUUGUGCUUCUUCCAAUUUGCACGAUGAGAACCACCUUGGACAUUGUUGUACAAAUGACCUUUCCGGAUUCCACGAUUCUUUCUUCCGACCGCAGUGAGACCUCUGAGCUCUCUAUGUUUGUGGACUGCCUUGCAUAUCCAGUUGAUCCGCGGGUCACGACGGAUGGCGUUGUGUGCCGGGUCUACCAUGAUUACCUCGAAGAAUUUGAAUGUGGAAUCUUGGCCUAUCCAGUAGGAAUUGAGAACACGGAGUCCGCCACAGUAACGCCCAGCUCUUUCCUAGGAUAAGA